CAAAUUUGUGGGGACAGCGGACAAAGAUGAUGAGAUUUGUGAAUGUAGAGAACCCUCUUGUCGGCCAAGCGGAUAUGGGUGCAGUCCACCAAUGGUGCGUUCGCCUUGCAACUCAAGUGUGGGACUGAACAGCCCUUAACUAACGGGAGCUGGACGUUCUUUUAUCCCGCCACGGUGGCAACGAGACAUUUUACCUGACGACACACCUUCGUGUAGGUGUGGAUACAACUUAACGUGGGGUUUUCACCCUGAAUACGUUUUCUUUAACGACCCUGUAUGGCGAUGACCUACUUCGGAGUUAUCUUAUCGUUCCUGAAACGUUGUUGGUUAUCAUUAUCCGACCAAUUUCCGACAAGGUGACAGAGUGGUUCGAGGCAGUGCAGACCAGCUCGGACCAAGUCGUCACUAAGAAACUAUCUCCACGCAUCGCAGCCUUGCGCCGAGGAGGUAACUAAAAGGCUCGGGGCGUAUUUUCAAAACAUCGUCCCGUGUGAUUAAUAGAGCAAAGGAGUCACCGGGCGAGGUCCCGGCCUGCUGUGUAAAUAGGGGAAUAGAAAGUGCGGCCAGCUGUCGGAGAUGUGUACAUUGCCGUGAGUCAUCUUCGAGCAAGAAAAACCAUUCCGAGAACACUUCAUCUUCACUAGGCCAGAACACUGACGUGCGGCUAGCUUCGGGCUGGUAUGUCUGAUCGCAAGCCGUAAGAAUCUAUCCGGGUGUGAGAGUAAGUGUAGGAGGUGUGCGUUUGUUAGUUCCGGGUAAAUAUAUAGUGAACUCUGGGACGCGUAGCUAAGUGUGCACCCAGGUGUUGGACAGUGUUCAUCACCGCAGGAGAGGAGAGACAGUAAACGGAAGGUUCGGCAAUCCUCGCACGGCCCGACGUUACGGCCAUCUGCCGCUCGGCGUGUGGCGGAACUUAACGAGGCGACCGCCGUACUGCCGACAUCUGCCGACGACGUUAACCAUCAGGGCACGGAAAGAUCGCCCGGCACCCGGGAAGGACGCUACCGUGCUGGAAUUUUCUGUCUCCGAGCGACGCUGAAGGGACUAUAGUCUGCUUUUGUUCCAAGCUUAGCCGUUUUGUCUGAUAAAAUCCCUCGCUCUCUGAGGUAUUGUGAGAACAGGCGAGGUCGGUGACUUCACUCCACAGGUGGUUGGCGACAACUCUGUAUCACACCCCUACAUUUCCAAUGGACCAGUCCCGACCUGUAUAGAGUGAUUGGCCCGUGUAAAGUGACCCCGUCUGUGUAGGGGUGCGCGUUACAAGAAGCCAGUUUGGAUACUGAGAACACGACGAGACGACGGCGCCGUUCGUAGGAGCUAAGGUGAGGCGUGGGUGAACUAUAGCCUUGUUUUCCACACAGCUGCGCAGAGCUGAGGUUGACCACAGUAAGGAAAACGGAGUCACAAACGUCAGACGACAACUAGAGCGACCGUAACCAGCCAGUCGGAUCCGCCACCGCCUACUCGCGACACGUAACCCACGUUUUUAACGAACUGAACACAGACUCUGACAGAGAGCUGAAUGGUGGAAGGGAACAGUACGAUUCAACGCUAGCUGAGGCGUUCGAGAUUUUAUUGUACAAUUUGCAGUGUGUUCUCAACGAGCAGACUCUGAGACUGCAAAACUACAAGACGGUAUUACGAUACAGUACUGACCUGUACUGUAUCCAGUUGCAGACGAACAUUGGUGGACAUUUUCCCUCGGGACAGAAGAAAGACAGAUCGAUCAGACGACAGGACAGAGCAUGUCUGUGAGAAGCGACACAUCCAGAACGACUUCUGACGGGAGCAGUAUCACCAUGGACGACGUCUCCUCGUAUUGUAGCUCCACAGAAAGUACUUGUGAGAGCGGGACGCAGGACUCCCUAACUCCCGGGUUUGCAGACGAUCCCGAGGGUUUCUCCCGGUUUGAGAACAAGUCGGGCCUAGCCGAGGACAUGAAACUGUUAGCCACGAUGCCGGAGCUGUAUGACGUCACAUUCUUGGCGGGAGAGGAGCGAGAGCCCGUGUACGGCAUCAGGGCAAUCCUCGCCGCGAGAAGCAGGGUGUUCCACAAGUUACUCUUCUUGACAUCUCCCAAGAUUCGCAACAAGAAGACAUCUAGACACUCGGGCUCCUUCGCUAGAAUAUUUUCCAAGCUCGGCAGCAACGACAACUUGAACAUGAACUCACCUGACGUCAUCGAGGUGCCCGACUUUGACCCGGAUGUGUUCCGUGACCUCAUGGAGUACAUCCACACGGGAUGCGUCAAACUGCAGCCGAGGACGCUCAUUGGGUUGAUGAACGCUGCCGAGUUUUACGGGUUGGAAGAACUGCGGCGGGCCUGUAUCGGGUUCCUACACUGCUGUAUCAGUCUCGACACCGUCUGUCCACUACUGGGCUCUAUGGAGAAAUAUGUGCACUUCAAGUCAACGAGGUCACUCAUGCAAAAGGUGCUGGAGUUUGUAGACGACCACGCCACAGACGUGUUGACGCAGGCGCCUUUUGCCAUUCUCCCUGAUCACGUGGUCAGGCUAGUCCUCUCGCGAGAUGUUCUGCAGGCAGACGAGGUCACAAAAUUCCACGCAGCUCUCCGCUGGGCCCGCCGCUACAGCGACAAGCACCCGGACAUUUCCGUGAAGGCCGCCAUUUCCCCACUGUUGGACUAUAUAGACUUCAACUCCAUGUCCGCCAUGACACUAAUGAAGGACAUCCGGGCCACGGGAACUGUCCCGGAUGAAAAACUUGUUACUGCGCUUGCGUACCAAGCGGACCCUGCCAGCGUGGAGUCCAUGCGCAUGCGCAACGCGGCGAGAUCGCCGCGGCGUAAGCGGAACAAUGUGACGUCACAAAUGGCGGCACUGAGCAUGUCAACGGACAGGUUAGAUGAUGACGUCAACAGUGACGUCGGCGAAUCGGACAGUGGAAACAGCAGCAAUGACCAUGAUGACGGGAGCUUGCACUACUUCUAGAACAUACAAGUGAAACACGUGCGGUAGAAUCAGUUGAAAGACAAGAACAAAGCGAACUUACCAUGACAUGGGAAGGAAAAGUGACGCUCAAUGAAUGAGAGACCUUCAAGAAAAAAUGUGGAAAGCUGUACGCUGGAGAACUGAAUACUUCAACAGGACUAGUCAGUAUUCAACACUCAACAUGCCCCCUACCACUGUGGACUCCAACUGCAGCACAGGAUACCAAGUGUUUAACUAAGUGUUCUUUCAAUACAAGGAGGUUAUAAAAAGGACUAGACCGGUACACAUUGGGAAAUCCCAUAAGAAAUUGUUAGGGAUUCAGGUGUAAUCUCAUUGUUUGAUGGUUUGUCGACACUUGACAAGUGUAUUGCAGAGACGUGACCAAUAUUUACUGUAAAUGAAUUUGUUUCACUGUAUCCUAUUUUAGGAGCAGGCAAGCUCUCCUAACGUCAUUGUACAUAGUGUAUAUGUCUCUAUUAACUCCGUAAAAUGUAAUAACAGUAUUGUAAUAUUCAACUAACCACAAAGGUGUCCUUGAAAGCUGUAAUGCUCCGUCAGUGUGACAUCAUAUUUAAUCAUUUUGUCGAUAUAAUAUUGGAAUUUGUCCCAUCAAGUUGUGGAUUUUGUCAAAACAUGAUGUACAUUUUGUA